CGCCGCUGCAGUAGUCGUUCGCGUACCUACGGACAGACACGUGCACGGCCGGCCGAUCCGACGACAUGGUACUCACGUGCCUCGUAUCGAAUCCAAACCCACGACGACGCUCCGCGGCACAGUCAGCGGUGCAGUAAUACACGAUCUCGCGGACACGGUGUACACGGGUCGAGUACGAUGGCCGCGUACGGCGUCUACGGUAACGGCGGUUGCGGCGGUGACGUUUACGUGCACGGUGACGACACCGAUCUGUACCACCAGGUGGUGGUGCUCUCGAAACCGGACGGCUCGUGCAUACGGAGCCACGCGAACGGAAGUGGCGUCUGCGGCGGCGGUGGCGGUGGUAUCGUCAUCGCGGACACGGCCAACGGACGGUGUGUCGGUGAACAGCAACAACCGCAGCAGCAACCGCAGCAGCAGCAGCAGCAGCAGCAGCAGCAUCAGCAGCAGUACCAUAUGCAGCAGUCGUACGACACGACGCGGAUGUGCGGUGGUGGCGGCGGUGGUGGCGGCGACUUGGCCGGUGCUGUCGGAACCGACCCGUACCGCCGGCACCGACGGUCGUUCUGGUGCCGGACCACGACGCUGGCCACGAUCAGCGCCCUGCUGGCCACCAUGUUCUGCAUCACGUGUGGCGUUUUUCUCUACUACAACUAUAUUUAUAAUUGGUCACCAAAAACUGUUGCUUUUCAAGUGGGCAAGACAGACCCUUGCCGGGUGGUGAAGUGCUCGCACGGACAGCACUGCGUCUUGGACAAAUCGGGCGGAACGCGUUGCGAGUGUCCCGCAGAGAACAAGUGCAGCGAAGACGUAGACGAACCAGUGUGCGGAAGCGAUUGGCGGGACUACCUGAGCGCGUGUCACGUCAGAAAAGCGUCAUGUUUGUCGGGCCGAAGCAUAUCAGUCAAAUACAAAGGACCCUGCGAUCCGUGCGACUACGUCACGUGCGAAUAUCCCGAGAUAUGUCGUCUGGAUUACGAGAGACGCGCCAGUUGCGUGUGUUCGGAAUUCUGUAGCGAUGAUUUCAUUCCGGUCUGCGGCUCCGACGGCAGAACGUACACAAACGAAUGUUUUAUACGGCGACAGGCGUGCAGAAUGGUACCAGACCUAAGGAUCGUAUCGCACGGCCAAUGCGACCAAGGCAUAAACCCGUGUUUGAAUUUCACGUGUUGGGAAGGAUCGCACUGCGUGAUCGACCGUCUGGGCAUCGCCGAAUGCCGCUGCCCGGAACCCAACCUUUGCGAAACGUCGGUGCGGCCGGUUUGCGGAACCGACGGUUAUACCUACGAAUCGAAAUGCGAAUUAGAGCGUAGCAGCUGCAGCAAGAGGUCCAACGUCAAAUUAGCGUACGAUGGACAUUGUGAAGAUGGAAAUCCUUGCCGGGAAUACGUAUGUAACUACGGGGCCUCUUGUAGAGUAAGCGACGGAAAAGCAGUCUGUGAAUGCCCUUUGUGUUCCGAACAUCAUAACCCCGUGUGUGGUACUGACGGCGACACGUACAGUAACGAGUGCAAGUUGAAGUUCCGUGGUUGUCAACAGAAACAAAUAAUUGGAGUGGCUUAUAAGGGAGCUUGCAGCGAUUGUUCGAAAAUGAAUUGUCAGUUUCACUCAGUAUGCGAAAGUGACGGCAUGGAGGCGAAAUGUGUUUGUCCUACGUUCAAAUGCGCAAACGCAAGCGGUAAAGUUUGCGGUUCCGAUGGUAUUACGUACACAGACCUUUGUCAUCUACAAAAUUCUAGCUGUGCAACAAGGAAGAAAAUAUUUGCUGCUUACGCGGGCGAAUGCGGGUCGUGUCACGAUCAGAAAUGCAACUGUCCUAGAACAUGCGUGGACACAAAAUCCAAAGAACCCGUUUGUGGCUCUGAUUUGAUCACUUAUAACAGCGAAUGCGAACUUCUUCAACAGUCAUGUGUAAAAAAUGGCACACAAAACUUAACGAUCCUAUUUUACGGCGAUUGUAAAGAAUCCUCGUCCAUCGGUAAAAUAUUGAAACCUCAUGAAUCGGUCGAUAACAGCGUCUACAGCAACAACGACGUAUGCAAAGAUAUCAAAUGCGACUUUGACGCUACUUGCGAAGUCGGUCCUGAUGGGUUUCCUAGGUGUUCUUGUAUAUUCAACUGUUCUACUGACACUUCACCUGUUUGCGGUUCGGACUUCCGAACUUAUAAUUCGUUAUGUCAGAUGAAAUUAGAAGGAUGUCAAAGACAACAAGAACUUCGGCUGAGACCCAUGGAACUGUGUCAAGGCAUGGAAGUGAAACCUUGCAAUGGUAAGAAACCUUUGAAGGAUCAUCUCAACGGGAGAGAAUUAGACUGUGGCCACGGCCCUGAUAGGCAAGAUUGUCCACCCAGCAGCUAUUGCCAUCAAACCUCUAGGUUUGCAAAAUGUUGCAACAAAUCCGAUCGUGAAUCGACAAUCAUUUUGGACAGUUGUCAAAAUUACUCUCAUGGAUGUUGUCCUGAUAAAAAGACACCGGCAAAGGGACCGGAAAACCUAGGUUGCCCUUCAUUAUGUAACUGCAACAAAUUAGGGUCGAUGUCAGAAGAAUGUAUUGACAGUAAAUGCAUAUGUAAAUCUGGAGUUGGAGGAGAAAAAUGUGACCGGUGUGAACCCGGAUAUUGGGGAUUACCGAAAAUUUCAUUGAAUCACCACGGGUGCAUUCCUUGUGGGUGUUCUCUACUCGGUUCAGUACGAGACGACUGCGAACAAAUGACCGGUCGGUGCGUAUGUAAACCGGGAGCUAUAGGACCUAAGUGUAAUAAAUGUGAAGAUAGUUCUAAAGUCUUAAGUCCUGCUGGAUGUGUUUCAGCUGAUGAAGCUAUGCAAAAUUUAACAUCUUGUAGUCAACUAAUAUGUUAUUAUGGCGGUGUGUGCGAAAUGAACAAUGACAAACCAUCAUGUGUAUGCCGGGCAACAUGUGCUGAGGACGCAACACGUACAACUUUAGUAUGUGGGAGUGAUGGACAAACAUAUAGUUCUGAAUGCCAAUUAAAAUUGUAUGCGUGUCGCUAUCAAAAGGACAUUGUUGUAAAAUCACAUACCUCUUGUAAAGAUGAAAACCUUAUACCUGGCACGGAAGGACCGAAAUUUACUGAACCUCAAGACAUCGUCAUUUCGAAAUCGACACGACAUCUACUGUUUUCCGAGCUGCCCAAUUUUUCUUAUAACACAUCCGGUAUCUAUGAUAUUGACAUUAUACCCGAAGUCCAAGACUUGACGGGAAGAACUACGUCAGAAUCUACCGAUAGAGAUAUAUCCAUAUGCAAUCCAAACCCAUGUCAAAAUGGCGGUGAAUGCGAAGAGCUGAAUUCUAGUGGAUUCCAGUGCCAUUGCACUGUCUCGUACAGCGGUACCAUUUGUUCCAAUUUGGAAGAAAUUAAAGAACACAAAUCCGCUGCUUUCAACGGGCAUUCGUACGUACAGUUGAAAAAAUUAAAAGCAUAUCACAGGUUUAGUUUAGAAAUGGAGUUUAAAAGUUUCUCGGAUGACGGUAUUUUACUGUACGACCAGCAGCAAUCCGACGGAUCUGGAGAUUUUAUAUCAAUAGCAAUAAUCAACAAGUUUGUCGAAUUCAAAUACAAUCUGGGCAACGGAGCCGUGGUUCUAACGUCCGUGCAUCCUAUCGUGAUCGGAGUACAGCACAAGAUCGUGGCCAAACGGUAUCAAAAAGAUGGGCUGUUGCAAUUCGAAAACUAUGAGCCAGUGCGCUCAGUUUCCAUGGGUUCGUUGAGGUCAUUGGACCUCAACGACAACGCUUACGUCGGAUACGUUCCAAUAGUCCACAAAAAAAUAUUCGAGAACAUCGGCGUGAAAUCGGGAUUGAUCGGGUGCAUAUACAGUAUGAAAAUCGGACGCUACGCUGUUAACCUUUUGGGAUUCGAAGACAACGAUUUGGUGACGAAAUCCGAAGGCGUAACGGAGUGUCAGAAAAGUUGUACAAACGGCACGUGUAGCUGUACUGGCGACACGUGUUACGAUGACAUGGCUUGUUCUUCCGAGCCUUGCAGCUUUGGGUCUACUUGCGAAUCGUUACCGGGCGGUAGAUACGCUUGUUUCUGUCUUCCCGGGCUCACCGGUCCGAACUGUGAUAAAUUCGAGUAUGGUUUGACCAAAUAUUUCUCGCCGGAAUUCAACGGAAAAAACUCGUUUCUCAGCAUACCGCUAUCCGAGGAUUUGCGCAGAAGUACACGGUUGGAAAUAUGGUUUGGCACAACUUCCGACACGGGCCUGCUGUUGUAUUGUGGUCAAUCGUACACCGGACAAGGAGAUUUUAUUUCCGUUUACCUGUCGGACGGCUACGUUAGACUGACGUUUGAUUUGGGCAACGGUAAAACGAACAUCAGCACCGACAAAAAAAUCGUUUUUCUGCCCGAAUGGAAUUUGUUGAAAAUCAAGAGAUUCGACAAUCAAGCUUCUGUUCAGCUGAAUAAUGGAAACAUCAACACCAUCAGCUCUAGUUCUCCGCUCGUGGAGUUAAACCUGGAGCUCCCAUUGUACAUUGGUGGCGUACCCCACACCUUGACAGUGAACAAAGAAUCGAUGGCCAACAAACCGUUUUCCGGCAUCGUUCAGAGAGUAAUACUCAACGAGAAAGCGUGUAACCUAUCUGCAGGCUUCAACCAAGAGGUGACUCAUUACCGAGGAGCUCCUUGCGGUUACGCAAUGUGCCUGAACGGUGGUACGUGUUUUCCCGUUCUCUCGAGGUUUCUGUGCCAUUGCGGUCCACAACACUUUGGGCCAUUGUGCGAACACACUCAUAAAUUGUAAUAAUAGCUGGAGAAAAGCAAUUUUACCCGACGAGCUCAAAAUUCGAUUCUUGGUAAUUAAGAAUAUUGUAUAUAAAGAGAAAAGACUAUUCGUUGCAGUUCACCACGAUCUUCUUCGAUUCAAGUUUGUAUUUUCUUUAGGAUUUAAUUUAGUACUGUUAUUAAUUUUACCAAAAGUUCCUAGAAGUAUUUUCAUUUACGUUAAUUCCAAAUUUUAAUACAUUAUAUUAUAGCCAAUAUGAACAUUUUAUAAAUGUUUAAUGUUAUAGUUUUAAGACGAUUUUAUGAAUAC